AUGCACAGUCUUCACACUUUUCCUGUUCUUUGCCUCUUGCUCGCUCAUCGAGCCGUUUCUGUAGAUCCGAAAUAUAUACAAGCUCACGCACCUACUGCACCACCUGGAAGUGUUCUUGGUGGCGCUUUUGGUGGGGCUCCGAAGCCCGAUCAGGUGCAAUGGAUCACACAGAAUAGCGGAGGAAAACUCAUGCACAUUCCCGUUACGGAAAAAACCACUCCAGAGGCAAUCACAACUCCAACUACAGUGCCCACCACAGAAGUACCUACUACAGUAGCUUCUAUUGCGGUAUCUACAACCAUGCUUCCAACGACGGAGCCUGCAACUACUGCAACUCCAACUAGCGUAGCCACAGAGGCUCCAACUACCAUGACUGCAACUACCGUAAAUACUGAAGCUUCAACUACUGUGACCUCCACUGCGGUACCCACAACCGAACCUCCAAAAACAGAACCUCCAACUACAGUGACUCCAACUACCGUCACCACAGAAGCUCCAACUACCGUGACUUCCACUGCAGUCCCUACCACAGUAUCUCCAACCACCGUACCUUCAACAACUGAGUCUUCAACGAUCGUACCAACAACCCCAACACAAGCGAACAAUCCAACUCCAGCCACAAGUGCUUCACCGCAAACCACAACAGAUGACGGUUUAAAUAUUUUAUCGGCUAAUGGACUUGCACAUUUCAGCGGCUUACUUCCAACUGGUCAAAAAAUCAGAGAUUUGCCUGACCAAUUCGAAAUCUAUAAUGGAACCUCCGAUGGUAGCCGUAUUGUUGCCAAUAAUAAAGGUCUUUAUGUUCUCCAUCCGGUUCAGAGGCAAAGUAAAGAAGUGAUGUAUGACCCACACACAAUCGGACAAGUUCUGGGUUAUCUUUAUGAGAAGAACGAGUUUGGAAAUAAAAAACCACCAGGUGGAAAGUAUUCCAUUGAGCUAUUUGGAGGCAAAGUUCCAACCAAGUUCCGUCGUGGAGCGCCUGGAACCCGACGUGCAAGACUUGUUUUCAGAAAGAAGGAAUUUAAGAAGAGUUCGAUUAGUUUUUAA